GCCCCGUCUCCAGGCGACGGGGAAGCGGCGCGGGACCAAGGCCGGGCCUCACUAUGGCCCCCACGAGAAGACAGAAACUGCAGCAAGAGCAGAAGGGGCAACCAGCUGUGGCUGCACCCCCCGAGGGAGUUUCUGAGGGGGUCGUAGCCAGCAGAGAAGAGGUGCUGCUGCAGCAGGAGUACAGCCGUCUUUGCAAGGAGCUGGAGGACAUGAAGGGGGCACGUGUUCAGCUUCGGGAGGAGAACGAGUUCCUGCAGCAAGAGGCCCAGCGUCUCCGUGCUGAGAGCCAGGAAUUCAUGUGCUAUGUGGCCAAGCGGGCCCAGCGGCGCCAGGAUGCCAUCAUCUCCCUGAAUGAUCAGAACAAGCAGGCCGUAGAGGAGAUCCGCAGGGAGCAGCAGGAACUGCUCACCCUCUACCAGAGGAAGGAGGCAGCUCUGCAGGAACAACUGUUGCACAAAGAGGGUGAACUUCUCCGCCUUAGCAAGGAGGUUGAAGGCCUGCAGCAGAUCCAGGCACUGCAGCAGGAGCAGGCUGCCCACAUCAGGGAGCUGCAGGGAGAGCUGGUGGCCACCAGGCAGCAGCACACUCAGCACCUGCAGGAGACCAAAUGCCAUUUCCUGCAGGAGAAGGCAGCCUUUGAGCAGAAGUCCCAGCAGCAGGUGCUCUGCCUGCUGCAACAGGCCCAGGAAAUGGUUGCACGGUGCAUGCAGGAGCAUAGCAAACAGGUGAAAUGCGAGAACCAGGAGCUUCGGCAGGAGCUGCACCAGCUCAUCCAGCGAUCACGCGCACUGCAUUUACACAAGCGCCGAUUAGAGGAGCAGGCACAGCAGCUGCUGCGAGAGCGUUGCUACAUGCAAGACAUGGCUCGCCUGUACCACACCCACCAGGGCAAGAAGUAGGCCCCAGCUGUGACCCCAGGAAUGAGCUAACAGAGAGCUCUCCACUGCUCACUGCCAUAAUAACCUGCUUUUGGUAUUAGAAUUAUUUAGGACCACAUUCUUCAGUAGCAGCUUUGUUAAUAAUCUGAGAGGGAAAUGAAAUUCCCAGAGGAUACUGAACUGGGAGGAGCUAUAACUCCAACAAAAAGAGAUUUGAGCCAAAAGCCUUUAGUGAGACAUUGGCAGGGAACAAUUUAUCCAGCUAUUUCACAUGGGUCUUAUAUGGCCCCCAUUGCUGAAGUAUCUGAGUGCCUCACAAACUUUAACGUAUUUAUCCACACAGCAGCACUGUGAAGUAGGGUAAUGCCAUUGUUGGAUGUUUUUCUAAAAGAUCGGUUUCAGAGUAACAGCCGUGUUAGUCUGUAUUCGUGAAGUGAGCUGUAGCUCACGAAAGCUCAUGCUCAAAUAAAUAGGUUAGUCUCUAAGGUGCCACAAGUACUCCUUUUCUUUUUUCUAAAAGAUCUGCUCAGUCUAGGGGACGUUUUCUGGCUUGUGUUAUACGGAGGUCAGGCUAAAUGAUCACAGUGGUCCCUUCUGGCCUCGGAAUGUGUGAAUCUAUUAUCCUCAUUUUACAGCCUAUGGCAGAGCAGGGAAUGAAUCUAGGUCUUCUGAAUCCCAUGCUAGCAUUCUAACCACUGUGCUAUCCCUCUCCACAGAGAUUGAUCCUGGGCCAGCUCUUGUGCUAUCCUCCUGAGUCUUGUGAUCUUUAGAGAGAGACAAGUCUUUUAUUGGAGCAACUUCUUUCUUGGUGAGAAAGACAAGCUUUUGAGCCACCCAGAGCUCUUCUUCAGACCAUCCCCCCACCCAGAAACGUGCCCCUGAAGUUCCAUCUCCCCAGCCUGGAACAUAUCCCCAAUGUAUAUCUGCAAGAAGAAGAGCUCUGUGUAGCUGAAAAUCUUGUCUCUCUCACCAACAGAAAUUUGUCCAAUAAAAGAUAUUAUCUCACCCACCUUGUGUCUUUCAUAUCCUGCGACCAAUACAGCUACAACUACACUCUUGUGAUCUUUGGUAUUUCUGGAAUCCUGUGAUUAGGAGAAAAUCUGAGGUGUGUUUUUUUUUUCUUUUCUUUUCUUUUCUUUUUUUUUUUUUUAAAAGAACUUAUGUUUUUUCCUGUCUAAUACCAGAAGAACAAGGGACAUUCAGUGAAAUAAAAAGGUAGCAAAUUCAGAACUAACAAAAGGAAAUACUUUUUCACACAAUGUGUAAUUACACUGCGGAACUCACUGCCACAGGAAGUCAUUGUGUAAGGAUAAGGCCUCUUCCUGUAGCCAUAUUAUAAGGCCUAAAGCCUAAGCUUUUGUCUGCAGCCAUAUUAGAAGAGCAGCAGCCAUUAGCUAAGAAGCAGGAAGUCACAUCCCAUCUAAAUUACAUUAAAACAAUGUACGAUCAGGCUGUUAAGGAGGAGAUCCUGGUCGAAUAGCACCCACUGUCACCGGAUAAAGAAACAGAUCUUAAGAUGGUUAAAGAAAACUUAGUUUGAUAGCAUUCCGUCUGGCAAGAAAUCACUUAUCAAUAGUUGUGGUUGUGAAAUCCUCACUUCUUUAUUGUAUUGUCAUUAUGGUCCCCACUUCCCUAUUGUUUGUCUGAUGUAUGAUCUCUGGUUCUUUGAUUGUUUCUGUCUGUUACAUAAUUAAUUUUGCUAGGUGUAAAUUAAUUAAGGUGGUGGGGUAUAAUUGGCUAAAGAAUUUUGUUACAAUGUUGGGAUUGGUUAGUAAAAUUUUAGUAAAAUGAUUGGUUAAGGUAUAGCUAAGCAGGACUCAAGUUUCACUAUAUAAACUGGGGUCCAAAAGAAAGUUCUUUGGGAACCAACUUCAGGACACAGCCCCAUCAGAGCUGCCAGACCUCAACACUCUGCCAAUGACACCGUGUAGAAAAUGGAAUCCCCCAGGUGACUGAUCCUGACUGGCCCUCAAGAAAAGUUCAUCUGUCUUAUUGGGAGUGGUGAGCAUUGUAUGUGUAGUGUGUGCAUUCUAUUUUUCGUGAUUGUUAAUAAAUAGAGGAUAAGGAUA